AUGCAAGAAGGCCUAGUGGAAGUGGAGCCCCGGGCUGCGCUGGCCCAGCCUGCCGAGAACACCGUACCGUCGGAGGCCGAGGCCGGGAAAGCCAGGGGAAAAAACCCGCGCUUCAGGAUCUUUCCAGCUAACCUGAUCAAGUUCGGAAAUUUCAAAAAAAGGGAAAGAGACCAGGCUGGGUCCACGCCCCCCAGUAUCAAGAAGGUACGGGAAAAACAGGAAGAGAGUUUGGAGGGGCCCUGCGGCUUGGGCUGUAUGGCUUUUCCCCGCUGUCAGCGUUUUAACAACAUCCGUUGCUUCCUGAUUUUCUUCUGCAUCCUGGUCACCUCUCAAUGUAUUGUGUUUGGUCUUGUAGAUCUGAGCAAUGACAAUUUUCAGAAGGAGAAUCAUCUGAAAACCAUUGAGAAUUUAGUGCUGUCAUUGACCUAUGAUAUUUCAUCUUGCCUGGUAGUAGUGUUUAUAGCAUAUUAUGGAGGGAAAGGAAACAUACCAGGAUGGAUUACAGUUUCCUCCUUUUUAGUAGGAUCUGGAUCACUUUUAUUUGCUUUUCCAUACUUUAGUGGUGGAAAUUAUAAAAUGAUGGUAGAAACUGAAGAUAUUUGCCGAGAAAUGAAGAUGGACAAGGCUUGCAAGAAAACUUCAUUAUCAUUCCAAUCAAAAUAUAUGACUUUCUUCAUCCUUGGGCAGAGUGUGCAGGGAAUAGCAGCUAUACCUCUUUAUGUCCUUGGAAUAACCUUUAUUUAUAACAGCGUUGCCACACACUCAGCUGGUAUUUAUCUAGGCCUUGUGGAAGCUGCAGGAAUACUCGGAUAUGCUUUGGGGUAUGCAAUAGGAGCACCCUUAAUUAAGGCCUCUGUGAACAGUACUUUUGAGAAAAGUGGUACUAUAAACAGUGGUGAUAAUGAACACUGGCAGCAGAGUUGGUGGAUUCAUUUUGUUAUUAUUGCAGUUAUUGCAUGGUCUACAUUAAUACCAUUUUCAUGCUUUCCACAUGGUAUUCGAGGCACAGCAAGGAUAAAAGCCAGAGAAAGUAAACAGCCUCAUUUGUUGGACAGAGAUCAAACAAAAGAUCAGGAAUUUGGAGCUAGUAUCAAGGAUUUAUUUGCUACUUUUGGGAUUCUGAUCAAGAAUCCAAUGUUUGUGUACCUGUCUCUGUCCAGAGCUUCAGAAUCUUUAGUUAUGAUUGGAGCAUCUGAAUUUUUGCCUAUAUACAUAGAAAAUCAGUUUCUAUUAACACCCAGUGAAGCAACUACACUUGCAGGACUUGUUUUAAUUCCAGGAGGUGCUCUUGGCCAGAUUCUGGGAGGUAUCAUUAUUUCCAAGUUACAAAUGUCUUGUAAAGGCCUUAUGAGAUUUGUAAUUGUUACAUCUGCUGUAACACUUGUACUGCUUGUAUUUGUAAUUUUUGUACGCUGUGAUUCAAUACCAUUUGCUGGGAUCACUGAAGAUUAUGGCGGAACAGGGCAGUUGGGAAACCUGACAGCUCCUUGCAAUUCUCAUUGUAAAUGUUCAUCUUCAUUUUAUUCUGCUACAUGUGGAAGAAAUGAUAUUGGAUAUUUUUCUCCUUGCUUUGCAGGUUGUACAUAUUCUAAAACAUUAAAGAAUCACAAGACAUAUUACAAUUGUUCUUGCAUUAAGGAAGGAUUAACAACCUCAGAUAAUCAAGGUGAUUUUAUCGACGCUAGACAUGGGACAUGUGAUUCAAAGUGCUAUAAAUUACCUUUGUUCAUUGCUUUUAUCUUUUCUACAAUUGUAUUUUCUGCUUUUGCUGGUAUACCAAACAUCCUGACCAUCCUUCGGAUUGUAUCUGACAAACACCGUUCUCUGGCCAUGGGUGUGACCUUUGUGAUUUUGAGAAUAUUUGGGACUAUACUUGGACCAGUAAUUUUUAAAAUAGUAGGAGAAACUUCUUGCAUCCUUCGGGAUACUGAGCGCUGUGGAAGCACUGGAAGUUGUUGGAUCUAUAACAAGACAAAAAUGGCCUACCUGUUGGCAGGAGUAUGUUUUAUUUGCAAAGUAGUUACUAUCUUCUUCACUGCUAUUGCAUUUGGCCUAUAUAAAUAUUUACCACAGGAAAACUGA